GUUACGGCAGCCUUGACCAUUCGUACGCAACACACAAGCGGUGAUACAGGCUUCGAAGCAUGUCGUUUAUUUUACUUACACUAUUAAUAGCUGUAUUCCACAAUACGCAAGGCUAUCCUACAGGCCCCCCAACGGCAGCAUGUGUAAGCAUGAACCCGGCAGGACAUAUUGGUGCAAUAUCAACAAGCGUUGGAUUUGCACUUACAACACCUUCGACAACGUUUACAGCGGGAAGUACAAUUCAAGUAACAUUGUCGGGAUUGGGAAGUUUCCGUGGAUUAUUUCUACAAGUUCGCGAAAGUUCUUCCCCGAAUGUGGGGGUCGGUAGAUGGGAUUUAACCGGCAAAAAUGGAUACAAACAUAUAGAUUGCUUCGGUGAUCGAACCACAACAGUUGGCCACAACAGCAACCAAGACAAACCACCGAACGAAGUAUUUAGUUGGACGGCACCGAGUGAAUGUACACCAGGAAGCACGUUUACUAUAAGAGCAACGGUCGUUCAGCAGUUUGCAAUCUACCAAGAAAAUGUGCGAAGGGUUUUAACUUGCGUUGAGCCAGUAGGACCUACACCUCCCGCCCCACCACUUCCAACCCUACCACCUACAACUCCACCACUUCCAGUUAUAUCAACACAACCUGAUGGCUGUCAAUUCUUUCAGUUGACAAAUAUCGAAGGUUUGACAAACGACUUUGAGUCUUCCUUCGGUUCGUGGAAAAAUAGUGGAAGUCCUGGUAGAAUAUGGCAAUUUAACUCCGGUUCCACGCCAUCUUUUGGCACAGGUCCGAGUUCGGCUGCACAAGGUGAGUUUUACUUGUACUUCGAAGCAAGCUCGCCAAGUCAACCAGAAGAUACGGCAAUACUGUCAACUAUAAAUGACGUCCGUGGUUGCUUCUGCCUUCGUUUCAGUUAUUCCUUCAACGUAAGGGAUUCAGGUCAUACGUUGAGAGUUAUAGUUGGAAGUAGGGAAGUGUUUUCGGUUUCGACACCCAGAGGCGACGGUUGGUCCACUGAGAGCAUUGAAAUCGAUACUGAUGUGUUAAGCAAGAUCCAAUUUGUGGCGGAACGUGGCCAAGAGUGGCAAGGCGACACGGCUAUUGACAACGUUAUCGUUACUGAAGGAACAUGUUCAGAGUGACAAAUCUAUUUAACAAAUAGGUUAUAAAAUUUAUUAAUAAGCACAAGUUUUAUGUUGUAUAUAUAUCACCAGCGUUCGUAACAUGUUUUUGUUUAAUUCUUUUACCAGAUAGUGUAUCUCAAUCGUAUAGUGAACAGUCGGUAGCCGUAUGUGGUUUCUUGCAGUAACAUAACCUGAAUCUGAGCACUUCAAAUGUUGCGAAUCUGGUAUACGACGCUGUAGGCUGUGUGUAUGUGUCGUGUUAACUAAUUGCAUGGAUCAGAUUUACCUUCUUUUAUAAAAUGUAACCUUAUAUUCUUAUCUUACUAACUGUAAUAUUGUUCGGUUGGGUGAGAUUGGAUACCGUUAGCAAUUAUAGCAUCCAUACCUCAUAUUUCCUGGUCGUGUUUUUAAUAAAUAACAAUGCUGUGUCCAACUUUA